UGGUAGGAUUCGUCGUUUCGUUGGUUUCGUUGACCGACCAACUUGUAAUAUAAAUUGUUUUGUUUUGUGAUAUAAUUAGAAACUAUGUUAAAUCUUGCCUUAUAAUAUAACAAAAUGUUCUUACGUAUCAUAUCAAAAUGCAAUCGUGAACGUGUCUCUACGUACGUUUUGUGAUCUACAAGCAAUAGUAGUGAUAUUUUCCCACAUAUAAUUAUGGUUAACUGACGUUAGUCUGUGCAUCCUCAAUUAUGGCAGACCCAGGUUAUUACCACAGUGAUUAUAUUCGACACCCCGUUCUAUACGAACUGGGCGUCAAGUACGGUAUCAAGACAGAGUGUAUUCCAGAAAUAGCUUUGCCAUCCAAGUUGGAGGAGCUCAAGGAUGUAAUACGUAGAGAGAUACGUAAGGAACUCAAAAUAAAGGAGGGUGCCGAGAAACUACGCGAAGUUGCGACCGACCGGAGAUCUCUCUCCGACGUUGCUAACAUCGUGAAGAAAGCUAACAUUAAGCUUAAUGAACUCAAAUCGGACUUACAGGAGCUGGAAUCACAGCUCCUACUGUCACGCGGACAGUCCACCCCGACUUCGCCGGAAGACUUGUCAUACGACGAGGAGAUCAUCCUGGCAUCUGAGGCAGCUCAGCAACAAAGGCAACUAGGUGAAGCUACAGCAGACAGGAAAUUAGCUUCACUGGAAAAGCAAUUAAACAUAGAAUUAAAGGUGAAACAGGGAGCUGAGAACAUGAUACAGAGUAUAAGCAGUAGUAAUCAGUCCCGUGAUAAAAAACUGCUAGCUGAAGCCCACCAGAUGCUUGCAGACUCAAAGGAUAAAAUUGAGUACUUGAAGUUACGCAUUUCUAAACUAAGCAAGCAACAAAAAGGUGAUAAUGCAGGAGCUAAUGGAGAUGGAAGAAGUUCAGAGAUGAGUGGUGUAGAACCACUUCUUGAUGAAAGAAUUGCAGAGUUAAGGAACAGACUUAGAAUUGAGGCAGCUGUAGUUGAAGGAUCUAAGAAUGCAAUAAGACUAUUGCAGAGUGACAAGAAAGUUACAGAUAAGAAGGCAUUGCAAGAAGCUCAAACAAGUCUUCUUGAGUCUACCCAAAAGUUGGAUUUAUUGCGAAAGUCGUUAGACAUGCGACGUCAAGAGCUUCCCGUGGAGAGUUCUGCAUUUAUAGAGCUGGGUCAUGAACUGCGCAGCACUGGCUCCAGCCCAGGGUACACAAGUCUGUCAGGGGGCUCUAGAGCUCAAUUCUUAUCCCCUGCCCCAUUGAUCAGCCCUUGUGUACAAGUAACAGGUACUCUAGAAGUGAGACUCAUGGGCUGUCAGGACUUGCUAGAUGAUGUUCCUGGUCGCAGUCGUCGUGAUCCUCUAGCCAGCCCAUCAGACUUGAAGUCUUUUGUGAAAGGAGUGACAAUCCGAAACUCAAUGAAAUACACAUACAGCAUUAAAGAAGAUACCAGUAAUGAAAUUAUGGCGGUCCUUAAACUGGACAACCAUACUGUGGCCCAGACCAGUUGGAGACCUUGCUCUCAACAAGCUUGGGACCAGAGAUUCACUAUAAAAUUGGACAAAUCAAGAGAGUUGGAAAUCGGGAUUCAUUGGAAAGAUUGGCGAGGACUUUGUGCUGUAAAAUUUUUAAGAUUGGAAGAAUUCAUUGAUGACAUCCGGCAUGGCAUGGCAUUGGAGCUGGAACCCCAAGGCCUGCUCUUUGCAGAAAUCAAGUUUUUGAAUCCAAUUAUUUCAAGGAAACCCAAACUGCAGCGACAACGUAAAAUCUUCAAACAACAAGGCAAAAAUAUACCAAGACCAUCUUAUGGAGAAAUGCAUAUUCCUGCUGUUGUGCUUGGCAGACUUUUAAAACGUUCUUCUCCCUCAAUCCAAAACAUCCAGACAGCCCAUAUAAGUCAACCGCAGCAGCUACACUUCGAAUCCACAUAUGAACAGAAAGAGAUUGAAAAUCCAAAUAUCACUCUUGGUGGUAUGGCUGGAGUCCGACCCUUGGGUCUUCCCUCUACUCCUGUGACACCUCAAGUGCCUGUUUGUCCUCCACCAAAGCCAAUAUUGCCUUUACAACCACCACCAAAUGUAUCCACACUCCGAAUGGAAAAGGAGCUUCAAGAAGCAUUUGCAUUUCUAGAUGACUCAUAUAACAGGGAUAACUAUGUUCCCAAAGAAUUACAAACUCCAUCAUGUGACACACCUUUAGUAGAGUAUCCACCUUCACCAUCACCAAAACUUGUUCUGGAAUUCCCCAGUAAUGAAGAUCAGAUUGUUGAGGUCACAAGCAAUUUGAGGAUAUCAUCAUCUCGUUCAUCCUCAGUCAUAGAAACAGUUGGGAAAGAAGACUCCAGAAGGCAAUCUGGUGACAUGUCUAUGGAAAGCUUUAGACUGCUGAGUGUCUUAGGAAGAGGUCAUUUUGGCAAAGUGAUUUUAUCUCAGUACAAACCUACGAAUGAAUAUUUUGCCAUAAAAGCUUUAAAAAAAGGUGAUAUAAUAGCCAGAGACGAAGUGGACUCCUUGUUGUCUGAGAAGAGAAUUUUUGAGGUAGCUAAUGCAAUAAGACAUCCAUUUUUGGUAAACUUAUUUGCCUGUUUCCAAACAGAGCAACAUGUCUGUUUUGUGAUGGAGUAUGCAGCUGGUGGAGAUCUUAUGAUGCACAUACAUGCCGAUGUGUUCACUGAACCUAGGGCAGUAUUUUAUGCAGCUUGUGUAGUAUUAGGCCUACAGUAUUUACAUGAGAAUAACAUUAUUUAUAGAGAUUUAAAGCUAGAUAACUUACUUUUAGACACUGAAGGUUACGUGAAAAUCGCCGAUUUUGGCCUUUGCAAAGAGGGAAUGGGAUGGGGAGAUCGAACAGGGACAUUUUGUGGAACUCCCGAAUUUUUAGCGCCCGAGGUUUUGACUGAAACGUCGUACACCCGAGCCGUAGACUGGUGGGGUCUUGGAGUCUUAAUAUUUGAAAUGUUAGUCGGUGAAUCACCUUUCCCUGGGGAAGAUGAAGGGGAAGUGUUUGAUUCUAUCGUCAACGACGAAGUACGUUAUCCCAGAACUUUAUCUUUGGAGGCGAUUGCGUUGAUGCGCCGUUUGCUGAGAAAAAACCCUGAAAGGCGUUUGGGUUCCUCGGAAAGGGAUGCCGAAGAUGUGAAAAAGCAGGCAUUCUUCUUUAGUGUUGAUUGGGAACAACUUCUCUUACGUAAAGUAAAACCGCCAUUUGUGCCAACCAUAAAGAACCUCGAAGACGUAAGCAACUUCGACAGUGAGUUUACGUCUGAGGCGGCUGUGCUCACUCCGCCAAAGGAGCCACGCCCCCUGUCUGCCACCGAUCAUAAGCUGUUUACUGACUUCACAUACAUGGCAGAUUGGUGCUAGGCAGUAACUGUGUCAAACUGCAUUUUAUAAUAUUCAAGGAAUUAGAUAAUUUCAUAAUUACAUAUUAUAAACAAUAAACCCCAAUGCCUUACAAAAACGUGUGAAAUGUUCUGUAUUUUGAUAAGUGUUACGUCUAACAAUGGUAUCUAACUUUAGAGAUUCUCUUGUUAACUUGUAUUUAAUGCAGUUAAAUGCAAUAUUUUAUAAUAAUAAAUUGUGUAAUUUAAUAUUGUAAGUUUUAAAUAGUGCUAAUGUUUAUUUUUUUAAAACAUCGUGUUAUAGAUUUAUAUAAUUAUGUAGUUAUGAAAUUGAUUAACUUAGAAAGUAACAAUUAAUAAUAUUAAGUGAAGGCGUGUCAAAUCAUAUUACGUUUUCAGUCAAUUGUUUACUUAUUCAGUGAAAUAAAGAUAUCAU